AUGUGGGGUGCCAGUGAUAAAAAAUAUAAAUCGAAUCAGUUUCGUGCUAUGUUUUUUAAAAAUGCAACAUUUAUAAAAAGACAAAAGUGUUCAUUAUGCGUUCAAAUUUCAAUUCCUUUAAUAUUAGUAAUAAUUUUAGUUAUUGUAAAUUUUUGGGUAAAAAGUCAAAUUGGAUCACUUCAAACCAAUGGUGGUAAACUUAUGAAUUCAACAUCAACUUAUCAAUAUAAUUCAUUAACGUUUGGAUAUAUGUUAAGUGUAAAUGAAAACAAUAUAACAGAGAUAGGGUAUAAAGAUUCCGAUGGCAGUGGUAGUGGUUUAUUGAAUUACACACCUCAACUUUACAUACCAGCAUUUAAGGCAUAUACACCAUUCUUUGUACCAUUCGCAUCGGUUGAAAAUAUGGAUGAUAAAAUAUUGGCAAUGAAGGAGAAUGCAACAUUUGAAUCAUUAAGUUCAGAGACUCUACCACUUUCAGCAUUGAUUUUCAAUGAUUUUAAUGUUAAUAAUAGGUCAUUGGAUUACACAAUUCAAUGUGAGGAGCAGUCAAGAUACUCUUUCUACCCAUACGAAGCAUUCGUUGCAUUCUCAAUGAAUACCAUGACAACUACAAUACUUAAUUAUUUCUUGGGUGGUAAUGGUACAAUCUAUAAAUCGAAUAUUGCAACUUUACCAUACUAUCAACAAAGUACAACAAUUGAUAUCGCUUCAUUACUUGGUGGUUCAUUCUACCCAUUUGCCCUAUCUUUUAUUAUGCCAUUAUUUAUUUAUUCAAUUGUUUAUGAAAAACAAGAAAAAUUACGUGACCUUUCUUUAAUGAUGGGUCUUAAGAUUAGAAAUUAUUGGUUUAUGACUUAUAUAUUCAAUUUUUUAAUUUAUUUUAUUAUUAUUGUAUUUGUAGUUGGUGUUAGUUCAAUAUUUGGAUUUGCAGUUUUUGUAAAGGGAUCACAAUUUGCAAUGUUUUUAUUCCUUUUUGCAUGGGGAAAUUCAAUGAUUACUUUUUCAUUUUUCCUAAGUACAUUUUUCAAAAAAACUCGUGCUGCUUCAAUUUUUGGUUACUUUUUAGUUAUUAUUGCUGUAAAUUUAAAUUCAAUACUUUCUUAUCAAGUUUUUAAAGAUUCAACUCCACCAGUACCAUAUUAUUGGAUACCAUUAUUAGCAUUUUAUAGAGGAAUGUCACAAUUAAGUACACAAUGUGGUAUUGAUUUAUGUCCAGAAUGGUCAGCAUAUACAUGGGAAUUUGAAAUGUCAAAAAUUAUAUUUUGGUUAUAUAUUGAUGCAAUAGUUUAUUUAUUAAUAGCACUUUAUUUAGAUCAAGUUUUACCAAGAGAAUUUGGUGUACCAAGUCAUCCAUUAUUCUUUUUAAAACCAAUUUUAAAUUUAUUUAAAAAUAAAGAUAAUGAUAAAUCAAAUACAAUCAAUGGUGGUAGUGGUGGUGGUCGUAGAUUUAGUGAAACUUCAAGUUUAAUUAAUUCAGCAGAUUUUGAUGUUGAAAAUAAUAAUGGUGAACAAGAAAUUGUUGAAGAUGAAGAUGUUUUAGAAGAAAAAGAAAUGAUUAUCAAUCGUAGAUAUGAUCCAAAUGAAAUGACAGUUAUAAUUGAAGGUUUAACAAAACAUUAUGUCGGUCGUCCAAAACCAUCGGUUGAUAAUUUAUAUUUAUCAGUUAGAAAAGGUGAGGUUUUAGGAUUUUUAGGUGCAAAUGGUGCUGGUAAAACCACAACAAUCAGUAUGCUCACUGGUUUAUAUACACCAACAUCUGGAACUGCUCAUGUUGCAGGUUUAGAUAUUCGUUAUGAUAUGGAUAAUAUUCAUCAUGUAAUUGGUGUUGCCAUGCAAUUCGAUAUCUUUUGGGAAGAUUUAAGUUGUGUUGAAACUUUACUUUACUUUACUCGUCUAAAAGGUGUCCCACCAGAAAGAGAAAUUCAAUCAGUUGAAAGUAUUCUUAAAGAAGUUAACCUCUUUGAAGUUAAAGAAAGAUUAGUUAAAGAAUUAAGUGGUGGUAUGAAAAGAAGAUUAUCAUUUGCUGUUGCAAUGACUGGUGAUUCUUCAAUUAUUUUCCUUGAUGAACCAAGCACAGGUAUUUCUUCUGAAUUGAGAAGGGAUUUAUGGCGUACAAUUAAUGACUUAAAAAAGAAUAGAUCAAUUAUUUUAACAACACAUUCAAUGGAAGAAGCUGAUGUUUUAUCAAGUCGUAUUGCAAUUAUUUCACAAGGUAAAUUACAAUGUAUUGGUACACAAAAUCAUUUGAAAGCUAAAUUUGGUGAUGGUUAUUCAGUUAGAAUUAAUGUUGAAGAACCAUAUAUUAAUACUCAUAAUCCAACAGAAUUAAUUACAAAAUUCUCACCACAAGCAGUUCUUACCGAAUCAUUUGAUGGUAGUUAUAAUUAUCGUUUCCCAAAGAAUACAGUUAUUUCUGACUUGUAUCAAUAUUUGGUUUCUCAUAAAUAUGAUCAUCAUUUACAAGAAUGGAGUUUUAGUCAAACAAGUUUAGAAGAUGUUUUCCUUAAAAUUUCUGCAAAUGAUGAUACAAUUAAUUAA